AUGUUUCAAUUCGUAUCCAGUGAUUCAGCAUCUCUAUUUCUUGUUGCAGUUCCUCCUGACAUUGAUGACUCAGAGACAAGUGGCGACAUUACAGUCGCUGAAGGAGAAAAUGUGACGCUUACCUGUAAAGCAACUGGGCAUCCCCAUCCACGGAUCGUGUGGAGGAGAGAAGAUGGCGGAAGUCUAAUCGUGUACACACCUGACAAUAAAAUUGAAAAAGUGGAAACGUGGAAAGGCGAUAGUAUCCACUUGGUUAGAGUGGAGCGACGUCAAAUGGGCGCCUACCUGUGCAUAGCCAGUAACGAUGUUCCACCUGCAGUCAGUAAACGAGUCACACUCCAUAUAACAUGUAAGCAAAGAAGUUGUUAUAUUUUUACCAAAAGAGUUACAGAUGUAUAG